AUGAAGAACUCACACCCUUUUAAAGACGAACUGAGCUGGACAACUAUUGCUUCAAAGAAAAAACGUCCAACACCAAUCGCAAUAGGGGCCAAGCAACCAGGGUCAUGCAAAUUGUCAGCAGGGAGAUUGUCGAAGUCGGUCGGAGUUGGAUAUUUUGGCCACAUUGGGAUCGGAUUUCUUUUAGAGGCUGGAGUCGGAUUUUUUAUCCCACUCCGACUCUUGAAAAGUGGUCCGGGUAAUGGGAUUUCUGGGAGCAGGGAGUGCAUAAGUCUCCGGGCGCUAAGCAGAGUGGGCGCCAAAAUGAGGUUGACAAAAUUUUCACAAGAGUAA